ACUAGUAAUAGACAGUGACACUAGACACUAACAAUAGACACUAGUAAUAGACAAUAAUACGAGACACUAAUGAUACACACUAACACUAGCCAAUAAUACUACACACUAAUAAUUUUUAGUGGCUGUAGAAGACAUCGAAUUGAUGUGUAGCUAGAUUACUUAUUGGACAUGUUCUGUUGCCCAGGCAAGUACCACUUAGAUGAUCCCAUACAGAUGGAUUCCAUACUCCUAGAUCAAUACACAGGGUCAACGUGAGAUAUGUGCGUAACUUUAUAGCGUGAUGUCUAAAGACUGUGCUAAGAAAAAGUCAGAUAAGGAGGCCUAUUCCCACCUACGGGAUCUGCUAAUACUGCUAAUACUAUCAGUUGCGCUCUAUGUAGUAACGGCAGUAACUUUGACUAAAGCUGCAGCACUAGACUUAGCAUACGUCACGAACUACUUGGGCUGUGCUGCCUUCCUUCUGGGUUCCAUGGCAUACAUCCUUGUGCCGUUUGUACAGGCCUACAAUAAGGCGUAAACUUGUAAGUCGCCUACACAAGGUGAAAAAGUAUAAGCUUUAGAUACGCUAAGGCGUUGCUUCGGGGUGUUCACGAAGUUACUGUUGUACAUGUGUCUGUAACAGUUGAUUACUUUACUGCAAAUAUGUGAUUUACUACCUUUCGCGGCGCUACAUUAACAACUGUUAUCUAAUCCUACGGAAGCUGGAUAUCGCAUUAAUUUCACGCUAUGUUGCUGGAUAAUAGUGGAGAAUGUAUGGUUGGCGGCAUCAUAAUGCACCGCUAGUACAUUACUAUGAUUCGCUCGUGUUUUAAAUGGGCUGAUAACGGAUGUGGAAAAGGAUAAAACUACACGAUACUAUUUGUGUGUUGGCUCCAGGAAAGUGUAACAAAUCCUUCUUCAGUGUCACCUGUCUACCGAUUAGAUUGUUGGAUCCCAUUAGUAUCUACGUGAUCAAUAUCUAGGAUGCCAUUCAUAUCAUAAUUCUCAAAAAAGCACUCAUUAUAAAACUUUCCGCUGUAUCGGGACAGUGUGAACCUGUGUCUGCGUAUCCUGUAGAUGCAAUGAUAUUGCCGAUGUGUUCUUACACUGAUGCUGCCCUAGGCUGAGGAACAAUUGGAGCAUUGACUAGCAUUUACCAUGACGAGAGUCUAAACUACAGACCAGUGCUAUGCGUCGAAACAUACAUUGUUCAGUGUAGAAACCCUAUAUUGCAUGGUAUCUAGAAUGCCGAUAUGUUUUGCGGGGUUUAGGGAUGCGAACCUGCUAUCGAUUACAUAUUACAUUUAUACCACAGUUGGUUUGGGAUUCAUAUUAUUAACCAUUAUCGUUGGUGGAACGAUUCAACCUGUUUCACUAUAUAUUCAUAUGUGCCCCAAACAUAUUACUAGGAGAAUAAUCGUGGAUUAUAGACAAUGUAGAAUGAUACCAUUAUAUUCUGUGCCAUAGUAAGCACUUGUCUGCUAAGAAAUUUGCAUCUUGUCUAUCAAUAUAAAGCACAUCAUAAACCUAACCAUAAAACGACUUUAGGCAGUUAUUAUUGAGAGAAACAAUUGGCACAAGCGCAAUUGCUCGAUUACUACCGGGUAACAUCGGAUUCAUCGAGAUAGUUGUAUAUUAACACGAUGGGUGAUACUACUAUGAACAAUAACGACACAGGGAUAUGAUGUCCCCUAACAUGACGGUUAAUUUACCUUGUAGCAAGAUUAAGGCUUAUGUAAAACGGUCCCAAUUUAGGUGGAAAUGAAUUUAGGCAUCAUUUUAGCUGUGGUAUGUUCGACAACAUUUGUUCCUUUUGAUAUCAGCACUAUUAUAACCGCUGGGUUGUUUAUGAUAGAAGGCUUAACAAACACAGCAAUAACCUUCGAUUUUUCAGACAAUGAAGAGCUGGUAAGGGUCCUUGAAAAGAUGUCUAGUAAAGUAAUCGCAUAUUAAGUAACGAGCGACCGAACACUCGAGGUAGCGUUUCCACGUUAUGUUAUAAC